AUGCAAAUUCUAGUCAAAACCUUAACAGGUAAAAAACAAAAUUUUAAUUUUGAGCCUGAAAAUACAGUUUUACAGGUCAAACAAGCACUCCAGGAAAAAGAAGGAAUUGAUGUAAAGCAGAUUCGCCUGAUUUAUUCUGGAAAACAAAUGUCCGAUGACUUGAGGCUUUUGGACUAUAAAGUAACAGCUGGGUGUACAAUACAUAUGGUCCUACAGCUUAGAGGUGGAUUAUGA